AUGGCUCCUCAGCUCAAGUAUCACAAGCUACAGGACAAGCACGUCCUCGUCAUUGGAGGCUCCUCCGGAAUCGGCUAUGCCAUCGCUGAGGCAUCCCUUGAGUCCGGUGCCGUGGUCACUAUCUCAUCCUCACGCCAGGCGAAACUGGACGCCUCGGUCUCUAGCCUGCAAGCCAGUUACCGCGGCGCCAAAGUCACGGGUAUUGCGGCGGAUCUCAGCAAGACAACCGUAGACCAGGACUUUGACAACUUGUUCAAGACCGCUACCGCCCGGUCAGGUCAGAUCCAUCACGUUGUCUACACAGCGGCCGAUCCGCUGGCCCUGGGACCUCUGGACGAGACAACGACAGAGGGCAUCCUCAAGGCAGCACACAUGCGCAUGGUCGCCCCGGUCAUGCUGGGCAAAGUCGCGCCGCGGUACCUCGAGAGGAUGCCGCAGUCGUCCAUCACCAUCACCACGGGCUCGACGGCCGAGCGCCCGGACAAGGGCUGGGCCGUGGUCACGUACUUCGCGGCGGGCCUGCACGGCCUGACCAGGGCGCUGGCCACGGAUCUCGCGCCCCUGCGGGUGAACUGUGUCGCGCCGGGCUACGUAGACACGUCGUUGUGGGACGGCAUGGGCGAGGAGGCCAAGCUGGGCGAGGAGGCCAAGCGGGGCCUGCUGGCCAAGCUCGGCGGUGAGAUGCCGCUUGGGCGGGUGGGCAGGGCCGAGGAUGUUGCUGAGGCGUAUCUCUGGCUGAUGAAAGAUGCUAAUGUUACGGGGACUGUAGCCAGCACAAAUAGUGGGCAGUUUCUCAAGGCUUGA